AUGGAGCCCUUCACAUUCGCCAGCUCAUCGGAGCUGCACACCCCGGUGGGAGUGAAGGUCAACCGACUGGAGGGCUAUGAGAAGCCUUUGCCAUACUCCACCCUCCUCCGCCGACCCGAUUUGCGCCAUCGAGGUAGCAAUCUCAGCUCUCAUUCCGAGCUCUACAUCACUGUACAGCCAUUCGCCGAUUCGAAGCCGCUGGCGGUCCACACGCAGACUGCAUACAAGCAUUUCAAGAAUGGUCGAAUAUGGAAUCAAUGGCUUUCAAUACCUCUCGAAUACAGCACGAUCCCGGCCAAUACCCAGCUUGCGAUCACAAUUUGGGACGUUUCACCCAUCAAUCCCGCUGGCGGUGACAAGGCGCAUCACAUUCCGUUUGGAGGCACCACAAUCUCGCUGUUCGAUGAGGAUGCGACGUUGAGAACUGGCAGGCAAAAGUGCAAAGUAUGGCGACACAAAGCGGCAGAUGGAUACUCCGACACAACAACGCCAUGGCAAGAACCCAGGAAGCGAGGUGGGCGCCGACAGACGCAAGAGGCUGUAGUGGUGGAUGAACGACGUGGGAGAAGAGAGGCAGAACUCGAGCGCUUGGUCGGUCUGAUGAAGCAGCAUGAGGUGGGCGAGAUUCAGGAAAACCGAUGGCUGGAUGGCAUGGUCUUUCGACAGGUGGAGAAGCUGGAGAGGCAGAACAUCAAAGACAGCUCGCGACCGGCACAUGUCAACAGCGAACAAAAUGGUGAUACCCCUGGAGCUUCGUGUGCCGAGGGCGAUCCAGAUCAUGUGGACGGGAUAUUCUUCCUAUACAUUGAGUUUCCACGAUUCGACCACCCUAUCGUGUUUACCGAUUUCGAGUACCCAGCCCCAGCAAUGACAUCUCUGGCUUCGGCACAAGUUCCCCCUCCUCCUGGUGGAGUUGACUUCAAACCUCCGCCGGAGGUUCACUUUGGCCCAGGCAUUCAAUCAGAUGGUGACACUGACGGCGGUGGAGGCCUGGCGACAAUAUAUGAUCCCGAGGUUGGCAACGCAGACAAUUACGCAGAGUCGAAGCACCGUCGAUUGAUUCGCGGACAGAGAAGCGCAUUGGAUAGGGAUCUGAAACCCAACCCGAAAAUGCGCGACUUUUUGAAUCGGAUCAUGUCGUAUGGUCCGACGUUCGAGCUGACUGACAAGGAGAAGGACGAGAUCUGGCGAUUCCGUCAUCAUCUCAGUCGAGACAAGCGGGCACUGACGAAGUUGGUCAAGUCUGUGAAUUGGAACGAGCCUGCGGAAAGCAAGCAAGUCAUUGCACUGUUGAGCAAAUGGGCGGAGAUCGAUGUCGAUGACGCACUGGAGCUGUUGGGUCCGAGUGUGAAGAAUCCGGCUGUUCGCGCAUAUGCCGUCGAUCGGUUGCGAAAAUCCGACGACGAAGAGCUGCUGUUGUAUCUACUCCAGCUGGUCCAAGCGUUGAAGUACGAACCACGACAUGUCAAGGAGGAGGACGAGACAGACUCUUCUCUCGCAUCAUUCCUCAUUGCUCGUUCAGCGGCCAACAUCGAACUCGGGAACUUCCUCUACUGGUAUCUCAUGGUCGAAUUGGAGCUCGAUGACAAUGUACCACAACAGUCACACAAUAAGAAGCUCUUCGCCCGCGUGAGCUUCGACUUCAUGAAAGAACUGGACACGACGUCGGAAGGCCAGGGUCAUCGCAAGACCCUCCUCCGGCAAGGCGAGUUCGUCACGAUUCUCGGCAAGAUCAGCAAGGACAUCCAGUCCUACAAAGGCGACCGGCUACGCAAGAUCGAGCAUCUCAAGAAAAUGCUUGCCGAUCCUAAACACGAGCUGAUUCAGUUCGAUCCACCCCUUCCACUUCCUCUCGACCCGUCCAUUCACAUCACUGGUGUCAUACCAUCCGAUUGCAACGUCUUCAAAUCGACUUUGCUCCCGUUGCUCCUCAAGUUCACCACGACCGAAGGCGAAAUCUAUCCCCUCAUCUUCAAGACUGGUGACGAUCUUCGUCAGGAUCAGCUUGUCGUCCAGAUCAUCGCACUUAUGGACCGUCUGCUCCAAAAGGAGAAUCUCGAUCUUAAGCUCACCCCAUAUCGCAUCUUCGCGACCUCUACCAGGGCAGGAGCUGUGCAGUUCAUAGCCGCCACGCCUCUCAGCGGUAUCCUCGCUUCUCCACAAUACAAAGGCUCGAUCCUCGCCUUCCUGCGUCACCACAAUCCACCUCUCGACUCCUCGUCGUCAUCCUCCAUCCUCGGCGUCAGGAAAGAUGCCAUGGAUAACUAUGUGAAAUCUGUCGCCGGCUAUUGCGUGGUGACAUAUCUCCUCGGAGUUGGUGAUCGCCACCUUGACAACCUUUUACUGACAGAAGAUGGACACUUCCUGCACAUCGACUUCGGAUACAUCCUCGGCCGUGAUCCGAAGCCCAUGGCUCCGCUGAUGAAGCUCUCGCGCGAAAUGAUCGAAGGAAUGGGCGGCAAUCUUCCCUCAUCCUCCGAGUCGCAAUUCGACAACUUCCGCCAGUACUGUUUCACUGCUUACACCACCCUUCGCCGGAGCUCCAGUUUGAUUCUCAAUCUGUUCAGUCUGAUGCAAGACGCGGGCAUACCUGGUCUAGCCAUCUUUGGCGAUGCGGCUGUCAGGAAGGUGGAGGAGAGAUUCAAGCUGGACGUGGGAGAGGAAGAGGCCGUGAGGUUCUUUGCGGGUAUGAUCGAGAAGGAGAUGGGAGCUUGGGGACCAGUGUUGAUUGAUAAGUUGCAUGGGUUCACACAGGGUUGGAAGAGCUAGAGGAAUGAGAGUACGUGUGCACGACAGACAGCAGAAAUUAAUCCUGAAG